AUCCUCAUCCCGGCCCCGACGGGCGACGACGAGUACAUCGAGCAAAGCUUGGUGACGGCGGCCGGGAAGAGCUCGGGCCGCCUAAAGAAGAGUGGGGGAGGCGGAGGCAAGAAGAGCGGCAAGAAGAGCUACCUGAGCGGCUCCGAGCCCCGGAAAUGGGAGCAGAAGCAGGUCCAGAUCAAGACCCUGGAGGGGGAGUUCUCCGUCACCAUGUGGGCCUCAGAUGAUAAGAAAGACAUUGACCAUGAAACUGUGGUGGAGGAACAGAUUAUUGGUGAAAACUCCCCACCUGAUUACUCUGAAUACAUGACAGGAAAGAAGCUGCCCCCGGGUGGAAUUCCAGGAAUUGACCUGUCUGAUCCAAAGCAGCUGGCAGAAUUUGCAAGAAUGAAGCCUCGAAAAAUCAAAGAAGACGAUGCACCGAGAACGAUUGCCUGUCCUCAUAAAGGAUGCACCAAGAUGUUCAGGGAUAACUCUGCAAUGAGGAAACACUUACACACACACGGUCCACGGGUACACGUCUGUGCAGAAUGUGGAAAAGCCUUUGUCGAAAGUUCAAAGCUGAAGCGACAUCAACUGGUUCACACUGGCGAGAAACCAUUUCAGUGCACAUUUGAAGGCUGCGGAAAACGAUUCUCAUUGGACUUCAAUUUGCGCACUCACGUGCGGAUUCACACCGGGGACCGGCCCUACGUAUGUCCUUUUGACGGCUGCAACAAGAAAUUUGCCCAGUCGACUAACCUGAAAUCUCAUAUUUUAACACACGCCAAAGCCAAAAACAACCAGUAACACUUUGGAAAGACGUCUUACCCAGCGCAGCAAUUUUGACCGGUGUAUGAUCAGAAUACGCCCCCCUCCCCCUUUGUAUAUGAUUUCCAGGGAUAAAUUUUAAAAGAAGCUUACUCGUCUCAGACAGUUUUGAUAAAAGUACUGUAGUAAACUCUUCGACGGACACAACUUUACAAUCCAGCGCUUGAGGCUCUGUUACCCGCUACCCCCCAUUUCAAAAAGUGUUUUGUUUUGUAAAGUCCUUCCCAGCCCCAACCU